CUUUAAUUAUUUAUACAGAGAUAACACGAUUCCGAUGCGAAAAAAUUAAUAAUUUGUAUUGUAUAAGAAAUUAUAUCAUCCCGGUUGCUCCGUUGGAACCCGAUGCCCAUCCUUAUUCUACCUUCUACUCUUAAUAGUUAGAUUGUUCUCUUGUCAGCUUUAUUGCAUUUCUUCGGUGUGACGUUCUUCACGUUUUUAUUUUCUAAAGCAUUUAAAUGAACGAUUAGAUUAAAUUGAAAUAAGUAAAAUUUUUUAUAUAAUUUCACAUAUAAAAAUCAAUUAUGCUCGUCACUUUUUCUCAGGCUGUUCAAGUUGUCAUCUUCGUUCAAUUGACUCAAAUACAACACACGCGAAAACACGAGUAAAAGGGCCGUUGAACAACUCAUUGCAAUGCUGUUAUGUAACUACGAUAAAAACAUACAGAUAUUAAAUUCCAAUUAAAGAUGCGUUUAAAAUGAUUUCAACAUUUUGAAAAAUAAUUCUUAACUCGGAAUUUUUAAUUCACUUUUUAAAUAGAUAUUUGCCAUAACGUAAUUUAUUUUCUGAAAAAAUUUUUCCAAAAUUAUGCUUUUAUAAAAUUCGUCUGUUUUGCGCUUUCUCGUCGUUGGGCUGGCAAACAUCUCCCACAUUCGUCACACAGGAAUCACUGUGCGUUUCGUGACACUUCUGUGUUAAGGAGUGCAAUGGGUUCAGUUAGCUUUUUUAUUUGUGGAUUUUCAAAUAUUGAGCAAUCCCAUCUUGUCAAAAUCGUACAUGUUUGAGGAGUUAUUACUUUGCAAAAGACGAGAAUUGCAAGUGUGAGCAAUGAUGACGAAUAGAUAAGUGUCCUAGCACUAUUAAGUAUUUAUCUUACGAUAAGUAUGAGUUAAUUAUUGCACAAAAGACAUAUGUAGACUAUUAAUAAUUAUAAUAUAAUUAGUAUAAUUGAAAAAGUAAACUCUUUACAUUUUUAAAUACAAUGCACAAUUGCGCUUUUCUAUGCUAAAACGCAUGCGAUAAUUUCAAUAACUGAAGCAAGCUAUUUUGAAAGCGUCUGUACAAUCUUGCAGUAUCUUUAAAAAUGAGUUUGUUUUUACAAUUAUAUACUACUAUAUGUGCAGAGUAUCUUUACUGUUCAUCUAGUAAUCAUAAUCUCGAAAUUAAUAUUAUGAAAGCUUAUAUCUAUUAAAUAAAUAUAUAAAGUGUAUUUAAGUGACGUUUAAAUAGAUUUGUUUAAGGGUUAAAUAAAAUUUUGUGCUUUUUUUUUAACUGUUGGUAUAGGAUUUGUGCUACUAUUAAUUUACAUUUAAAUUGUUUGUUCGAUCAUUUUUUUCCUUCCUUUCAAAUAACGAUAAUUUUAUAACAUUGCAGCUAUCGCGAGAACACAUUCUAUCUCUUGUGAACACAUUUUCAGAAUUUUAUAGAUAAGGCGAAAAAAAGUGUAGAAAAAAAGCUUAUAUACAAGCAAGAUAGAUAGGAAAGACGAUAACAUAUUUACAUUAUUGUGACAGCACUGCAUGUUACAUCCGUUAUUCGUGAGUAGGGCAGUGAGCAUAAUGAUUAAUAAAGCUAAAUCAUUCAAUCGACGGUGGCCGUCUGAUGAGCCACGGGCAGAGGUCGGCGCGUUACUAAUGUUAAAAAUCAUCUACAGAAAAAGAUAGACUAGAUGCAGUGCUACAGACCGUUAGGCGAGCCACCUAAGGUGUGGAAACACAUAGAGAAGACGGAUAAGAACGGGAAGCUGAUGAAAUUCACAAUUCAGGAGAUACCCGAAGAUCGGUACGAGGACGCAAUUGAACAUAUGUGCACGUACUUCUUAGCUGAUGAACCGACCAAUAACUGUUUUAAUGCAAAGAACGACCAUUUAUUUAUACAAGACACAUGUACAAUAUUGCGUCUAUUACUCACGCAAGGUAUAUCUAUAGCCGCGUUCAUCGACAAUCCUGAUGGUGGAAAACCCAUAAUUGCUGGUAUGAACGUUCUGGGUAUUAAUGCUAAAGGUCAGAAAGAUGUCAUGGCCGAUUUCCAGGUUAGUGUAAAGGUACCACUCAUUAGAGCAGAUCUACAGAAGAAGAUGGACAAGAUGCAGUGCUUCAGACCGUCGGGCGAGCCACCUAAAGUCUGGAAACACAUAGAGAAGACGGAUAAAGAUGGGAAAUUGUUGAA